AUGAGCAAUCUGCGAGCUAUCUGUAGACCACACUCUGUAUUCUCCUCGAUCGUCUGCUGUAGUAGAAACCAAACUCGAUCAAUCGUUAAGGGUUCGAUUAAAAACGUCGCCUUUAGAACUCGUGUGUCGAAUCUGUAUCCGUCUUCGUCUUCAUCGUCUAGGUCUAGAGAUUCGAGUCUUUGGUUUCGUGUGAGUCAGAGGAAGACUCUCGUCAGGGCAUCGAAUUGGAGCCAAGAGAAAUCUCCUUACGACACUCUCGAGUUGGAUCGAGAUGCAGAGGACGAGCAGAUUAAGUUAGCAUACAAACGAUUGGCCAAAUUCUAUCACCCCGAUGUGUAUGAUGGAAAAGGGAGUCUUGAAGAAGGAGAGACAGCAGAAGGAAGAUUCAUCAAGAUUCAGGCUGCUUACGAGCUGCUCAUGGACACGGAGAAGAGAAGGCAAUAUGAUUUGGAUAACAGAGUCAAUCCAAUGAAGGCAUCACAAGCAUGGAUGGAAUGGUUGAUGAAGAAGCGUAAAGCGUUUGAUCAGAGAGGUGACAUGGCAAUUGCAGCCUGGGCUGAGCAACAGCAGCUUGAGAUCAACCUGCGUGCUCGUCGUCUUUCUCGUUCUAAGGUGGAUCCGGAAGAAGAGAGGAGGAUAUUGGAGAAAGAGAAGAGAGCAUCGAGAGAGUAUUUCAACAGUACUCUAAAGCGACACACGCUGGUGUUGAAGAAACGAGAUUUGAUGCGAAAGAAAGCAGAGGAAGAUAAGAAGAAGCUAAUCACUCAGCUGUUAGCAGCAGAAGGUCUUGAGCUUGAUUCUGAAGAAGAAGAAGAGGAAGAAGCAGCCAAGUAG